AUGCUGGCGUCCCGAUCGGGCCAGGUCGCCCGCUUGUUGCGCGCCCUGCACGUUUCGUCGCUUGCAGCAGAGGACGGUCUCUUAGCCCAUGCGGGAAGCACGGAGCUGCUGAGCACCCUCCUCAGAACGGCAGCACUCAGCCAGCAGUGCUACCAUGUGGCAGCCGCCGCCGCCGCCGCCGCCACGGGCGACCGCCUCGACAUCGGCAACCCCGAGCUGCUGCUGGCAUGGCCACACGCGGCUGCCCUGCAGCGGCCCCAGGCCAGACGCCGCAGAUCGCUUGCUGGCAGCACCAGCAGCGGCAGCACCAGCAGCAGCGGCAGCGGCGGCCGCCGGAGCGUGAGCAACAGUGCGGCGGCGAGCGGGGACUGGCUUCGAAGCGGCACAGAUCUGGAUGGGGAGGGCGAGCUAGAGCUAGAGGGAGAGGCAGCGGAGUUCCUCGCUCUGGACGAGGCAGGGGCGGCGGCAGAGGCGGGGCAGGCCGGGGUGGGCGUGGACCAGCUGCUGGCUGCCGGCGGCGGCGCGUCGCGGGAGGCGGCGGCGGCGCUGCGGUACUUGCAGGACCGGGCGGGACUGAGCGAGGCAGAGGCCAGGGACGUGGUGUACCGCAUCACCAACCAGGCCACCCCCAAGGGCCAUCGAGUGGGCUCCACCAUCGCCCGCCUGGAGCUCAACAUGCGGCAAUUCAGAGAGCGGCUGCAGCUGCAGCCCGCGGAGCUCGCCCGCAUCCUGUCGGUCAACCCCUACCUGCUCCAAGAGGACCUCUCACGCCGCAUCUUCCCGCUGCUCGACUACCUGGGAAGCCUGGGGUUCCCCGUGGCCAGGCAGCGCGGGCUGGUGCUGCGCGCGCCCAUCCUCCUGUGCUACUCGCUGAGCAAAAUCCAGCAACGCGUGGCCUGGCUGCGGAGGGCGGGGCUCAGUGAAGCCAACGUGGUGACCAGCAUCUGGAAGUACUGGGGCAUCCUGGGCAUCAGCGAUGACGGCUCCACCCGGUGGCUGGACUGGCUGCGGGAGCAGGGCGUGGGCGACCACAUGUUUGCCCACGUCAUCACCCGCCUCCCCGUGGUGCUCUGCUACGGGUCGGAGAAGCGGGAGGCGUUUCUGGGGGUGCUGCGCGAUGAGCUGGGCCUGCCGCAGGAGACGAUUGCGAGGGUGCUGAUCAACGUGCCCGACACGCUGGGCCGCUCGCCAGCCAGCCUGCGCCGCAACGUGGAGGUCAUGCGGCAGGCAGUGGGCUUCACCGACGAACAGCUGCGCAAGCUGGUGCACGGCAACCCCGGGGUCCUGCGCCUCGACUUCUCCUCCCCAACCUAUGCUGCCAAGCUGCGCUUCCUGCGGGAGGCCUUGGAGGUGGAGGAUGUGUGCGCCUCACUUGCCUCCAAUCCUUUCUACAUCAAUUACCGCCUAGACCGUAUCGCCCCCCGCGGCCUGUACCUCAAGGAGCUCGGUCGGUGGCGGGGCACCAUCACUUCAUGGCUGGCCGCCACAGAGCUCAAGUUUUGUGAGGCGUUUGCCAAGACCAGCAUGGCUGACUACCAUGUGUGGCUGGCCAGGUGGCGGCAGGGCGAGGAGGGGCGGCGCUGGCUGGGCGAGGCGGCGCUGCGGCAGGCACAGCGGGCGACGCGUUGUUGUCGCGGUGCUAGGCGGGACGGAGGGAAUGAGAGAAGCUGGAGUGAAGCUGGCAUGGCCACCAUGCAGCUCAGCUUGCUUACACAUGAAUGCAAUAUCCCGCUGCCUGGUCCCGUGGAGCGCAGGCAGGGCCGGAUGACAGAGGCGCGCCUGCUUCUGGACCGAGAGGCAGAUGCGGCUGCUGGGGAUGCCAGCGGCGCCUCGCUGGCGCAGGAGGCCGCAGCGGCUGCCGCCGAGGCGCAGCGCUGGCAGGCCGCGGAGCGGCUGCUGCGGGCGCAGCUGGGCGAGGGGUAUGGCGAGGACACGGCCAUGCUUCAACUGCUCCAGCAGCAGGCGGCGCAAGGCCAGCAGCACCCGAUGCAGCACCAGCAGCAGCAGCCACCGCAGCAGCAGCAGCAGCCGGCUGCAGGCAUAGACAUGUCGUUUGCGGCGCUCCUGCACCAGCAGCAGCCGCAGGCGGCGUGGGCUGGCUCAGGCAUAGGCGCCUUUGCCGCGCCGCCAGCCGGGGCCAGCUUCCCGCAGCAGUUCCAGCAAGGCUACAGGGAGGCGCAGCCGGGGCUGGGCGGCUUCCCGGCGGCGCAGCAGGCGGGCGGCGUGCCCGCCGGCCUGCCGCCCGCCCUGUACCCUCCAGACUUUCUUCUCUCGUCGCAGCAGGUGCUGGACGGCGGCGCGCAGCUGCCGCCAGCCAUCCUGCAGCACCAGCAAGCCGCAAUGGCGCGGCAGGGGCAGCAGGUCGCGGCGCAGGCGCCGCUGGCGCCGGCGCCGGGCGUGGGCGGCGCCGGACUGGGCGCCUGCAUGGGCCAGGCCCCCAGCUGGGCGCUGCUGCAGCAGCAGGCGCAGAUGGCGGCGGCCCUGCCGCUGCCGCCGCUGGCGGCCCCGCUGGUGCCGGCCGGCGGCGGCGGCUUUGUCGGCGGCCCGCCGCAGGGCAGCAGCCUGGCACCGCAGCUGCAGCCACAGCAGCAGGGGCCGGGGCCGGGGGCCGCGCCGGCCGCGUCGGCGCCGGCUGCUGCUGCGGGGCAGGAGGCGCCGCGGCGGCGCGGGCGCCAGCCUCAGGACCCAUCCACCCUCACCGACAAGCAGCUGCGGGCGCGGGACGCGCAGAAGCGGUUCCGCGAGAAGCAAAAGCGCUUGAUGGCGGAGACGGAGGCGGCGGUGGGCGACACGUCGGCUGAGCUGGACCGCAUCAGGAUAGCCAACGAGUCGCAGAAGCUGAAGAACGAGGUGCUGGAGCGGCUGCUGCAGUACAAGGAGGCGCAGGUGCGGUACAUGCGGUACUCUGUAGCUGGCUACACCGAGCACAUGGAUGAGCGGGGGGAGGUGAAGGAUCCGCCGCCGUUUGAAAAGGUGGCAGAGGACUGGGGCGAGAUUGUGGAGCUGGUGAGGGGCAUCCUGGAUGCUGCGCGGCAGGGCGAGGCCGACGGGGCGGCGGCGUCGUGCGGCGGCGGCGGCGGCGCGGCCCGGGAGGCGCGGCCCUCAGAGGUUCAGGAGCUGCGCAGCGGCGGCUCGGGCGGCAGCGUGGGCAACGCCGGCGGCGGCGGCAGCCAGCAGCAGCGGGGGCAGGAGGGCGCGGAGGAGCAGCCGCAGCAGAGCGGCGGCUCCUCCAGGGGCGGACCCUCCGCCGGCGGCAGCAGCCAGCAGCAGCAGCAGGAGGCGGCGGGCGCGGGGCGGGCCCCCGAGCGCCGCUUCUCCUUUGACGCUCCUGAGAUGCGGCAGCCGCACCCGGCGGUGGUGACCGCGGAGCGCUCAGGCUCAGUCACAAGCGGCGCCCUGCCGGAGCCCUGCAGCGGCACGGGACCCAGCGCCAGCGCAGCAUGCGGCAGCGCCGCCGCCGCCGGCAGCUCCGCCUCUGGCCACCGCAGCCAAGCGACGCAGAUACCGGCGCACGUCAAGCCUGAGUGGGUGCCCAUCGCUGAGGAGGCUCCGGAUGAGGUGCUGGAGGUGGCCAACGCCAAGGACGACCCCAUUGCCCGCUUCGUGCUGGCACGCAUCCUCAGCCAGACGGCGGCGCACUCGCACCUGCGGUGGGACACGCUGGUGGACGGCGCGGCGGUACAGGACGGCCCCCACCUGUACCGCUUCACCGGCCAGCAGCUGCGGUCGCUGGCCAGCCUGAUGCGGAGGGUAGGCCUCAUGCUGUGGCAGCAGGCCCUGCUCUUCCCGCAGCACAUCUCCAAGCUGGGCACGCUGAGGCUGGACGAGCCGGGCAAGCUGCGGGUGGAGGAGCAAGACCCGGAGCACUGGCGCGCCAUCCUGCGCCGCCUGCACUGCCGCCCCGAGCAGCUGCGCAAGAUCGUGGCGGGACACCAGCGGUACCUGGAUCGCAUGCGCCCCGCCUUUGCCUCGGCGGCAUCGUAUCGGGCGGAGGCUGGGCGGCGCGCGAUGCACCUGCUGCGUCGCCGCCUGGCCGAGAAUAGGUUGCAGGACCCCCUGCUCAGCAUGCGUGCGUUCAAGUCUUACGUCCUGCCGACGUUGUCGUACGGGGCAGAGAUCUGGGCGCCGCAGCUGAUUCUGCAGGGCAGGACGGCAUGCGAGCGGGUACAGCUGGAGUACCUGCGAGGGCUGCUGGGUGUGCGGGACAGCACCCCAGCCCUCAUUGUGCUGGCAGAGACGGGGCAGCUGCCGCUGCCCGCCUACUGGACCUUGCAGGUUGCACGCUUUGUGAGCAACCUGCAGGCUAUGGGCGGCGAGCGGGUCGCCCGUCUUGCCAUGCUGGAUAGCGUUGCGCUGGCUGCCGACACGGACACAGGGCUGCCACUGGCCCGGCAGCCCUGGGCAGCGCAGGUUAGCCGCGUUCUCGCGGCGGCCGGCGCCCCCUGCGACUUGACUGCUGACGAGGGGGUUGCCAUACCUGAAUUGGCGGAAGCGCUCCUGGAGCGCCAUGUUGCCUCGUACACGCAUGCAUCCGUGAAGGUGCAGCGGUACAUUGAGGACGUGUGGGGGGGCAGCAUCUCUGCGGAGGCCUACACGCCUGCGUCGUUCCUGUGCGAUGUGCCCGAGCGCCGGCGCCGGGUAAGAGCAGCGUCAGCGUCAGCAAGCAACGAGGCGCUGGCAGAGGUGCACCGUAUGACGGAGUAUCAGAUGGCUAAUAUGUGGGCCGCUUCCACGCAGGCAAGCCGCACGCCUCUCGAGUUUGUGCGCAGCACGACGCGGCUGACGGAGGCGACCGGCCUCGUCAUGCAGACCGCCAGCGCCCAGCACGCCGCCUACUGCGAGCUGCUCAUCGCCAUCUUCUACGCGCUCACCUUCCCGGUGCAGCGCCCGCAGCUGUUUGUGCUCUCCUGGCCCUACUUCCCGCAGCUGGAGCUCCUCGGGCGGGCGGCGGCGCUGGAGCUUGGCCUGGACCUCUCGGGCUACCCUUCGUACAGCUCGGAUGCAGGAGCCAUGCCCUGCUGA